UUCUAAGCAUACAUAUCCACUGUGUUAUACAUGAAGUUCAGUUAAUAUAAGCAUCUUUUCAAUAUGCAUCACUGAAUUUCCAUAGACAAUAGCAGUAGACAAGAGGGCCUCUUCUAGGCCCAUGUGUAGGCUUACAAAACAGUAUUUCUCUUGUUUUUGUGAUAACAGCUCCAUUUCCGAAAUCACUUUUGAUGCCUCCAAAUUGGAGGUGCCAUGUUGCAACCUCAAGAUGUUGAAAACCCUUCCCAGCCAUUCAAACAUGCUUGCCAAAAAGAGAGUAGAAAAACAAUUUAGUGAUUGCUGUAUGGUUCCUACUGUACAUGUUAGGGACUGCCUAGGAACAAGGGUUAUAUGGAAGGAACCAUAGAGUCUGGAGCUUCCCCCACUCGAAUUUUGGCAAUAACAAAUACUUUGGAUUUGGGCAUCUUCAGACAAGACUUGGGGGAGAUGGACCACACUUUUUGCACCCCUGCUUUAAGUCAAGAAACAUUCAGUGUAAGAGAAACAUUAAUUUCUGUGCUUAGAAAUUUAGAAGAAAUAUGCAUGGCGGGGAAGCACAAUAAUGAUGGAAUAAUAUUAUAUAAGACAUGAUUCAUCCUAUUUGCUCCUCAGACUUUGAUUGUGCAUUUGAUUUAAUUAUGCCAUUACCUUAAGUAGUGCCCAUCACAAUGGUAAACUGUGGGAUUAAUUCAUUGUGGGAUAUGCUGUGAAGAACCAAGUUGUUAUUGAAAGGAAUAGCAACUCUACUUUCUGAUCAGCUAAUGAUAUAUUGUUGUUUUCUUUUCCAGUUGCCACCAUUCCAUAAACAAGUCAUGAUUACAUUAACUGAACUCAGAUGUUUAGCAGAUGCCCAGUCAUCGUAUCACAUUUUGAAACCAUGGUGGGAUGUCUUCUGCUAUUACCUCACCAUGAUAAUGCUGCUUGUUGCUGUUCUUGCUGGGGCUCUCCAGCUCACUCAAACUAGAUUGCUGUGUUGUCUUCCUUGCAAGCUUGAGUUUGAUAAUCGUUGUGCAGUGCCUUGGGAUCUGGUUAAAAACAACAUUAAUGUAUCCUUCAGCCCUGCAACACCAAUAAUUCGCCCUCUUAGAAUCCAGAAUUACCUUCAUCGACAGCAGUAUUCGUACAUUGAUGCUGUAUGUUACGAGAAAGAACUUCACUGGUUUGCCAAGUUUUUUCCAUACUUAGUGCUUCUCCAUACAUUUAUUUUUGCAGCUUGCAGUAAUUUUUGGCUUUACUACCCCAGCACAAGUUCGAGGUUGGAGCAUUUUGUAGCCAUACUUCACAAAUGUUUUGAUUCACCCUGGACAACACGUGCUCUUUCAGAAACAGUUGCUGAACAGUCUGUGAGAACUCUUCCACUCUUCAAGUCUAAAACACUUCUUUCCUCCCCAAGCAACUUAACAGAACUAGAAAGCAAGCAGCAGUCAGUGUCCUACUCACAGACUGGACUAGAAACGACUGGAAGAGAGAGCCCUUCAAAUGUUCUAGACAGAAAAGAAGGGGAACAAGCAAAGUCAAUAUUUGAAAAAGUGAAAAGAUUCAGGGUGCAUGUUGAACAAAAGGAUGUCAUUUACCGGGUGUACCUAAAACAGAUUGUGGUCAAGGUCAUUGUAUUUAUAUUAAUAAUGAUUUACGUACCCUAUUUUUUAACAUUUAUUACGCUAGAAAUUGACUGUAUAGUUGAUAUUCGAGUCUUUACUGGUUACAAAAGAUACCAGUGUGUAUAUUCAUUAGCAGAAAUUUUUAAAGUACUAGCUUCAUUUUAUGUUGUUCUGGUGAGCUUGUAUGGUCUAACAUGCACAUACAGUUUGCUAUGGAUGCUAAGAAGUUCACUCAAACAAUAUUCUUUUGAAAAAUUAAGGGAGCAAAGUAAUUACAGUGACAUCCCUGAUGUAAAAAAUGACUUUGCCUUUAUUCUUCACCUAGCAGACCAGUAUGAUCCACUGUACUCAAAGCGGUUCUCAAUAUUCCUCUCUGAGGUGAGUGAAAAUAAGUUGAAGCAGAUCAGUUUAAAUAAUGAAUGGUCUUUAGAGAGACUGAAAAACAAGCUGGUACGAAAUUCCCAGGACAAGAUAGAACUUCAUCUUUUUAUGCUUAGUGGUCUUCCAGAUGAUGUCUUUGAACUUACAGAGAUAGAAGUUCUAACCCUAGAACUUAUUCCUGAAGUUAAGCUUCCUUCAUCUGUAACCCAACUACUCAAUCUCAAAGAGCUGAACAUUUAUUAUUCGUCAUUAACUGUAGAAUUCCCAGCACUCCAUUUCCUAGAAGAGAAUCUAAAAAUCCUGCGUCUAAAAUCAGCUGACCUGGGAAAGAUUCCACGAUGGGUCUUCUAUCUAAGAAAUCUACAGGAAUUGUAUUUGACUGGACACUACGUGCAAGAGCCCCUAAAUGGCCUAUACAAUGAGGGCUUUCAGGAUCUUGUGAACCUGAAAACAAUUCACUUAAAGAAUAGCCUUUCCCGCAUACCUCAGGUGGUUACAGACCAAUUGCCUUUACUGCAGAAGUUAUCUAUCGACAAUGAGGGGAAAAAGCUGCUCGUGUUGACAAAUUUGAAGAAACUGCUUAACCUGAGAACAUUGGAAUUGAUCAGCUGUGACUUGGAGCGCAUUCCACAUUCCAUCUUCAGCCUGAACUAUUUGCGUGAAAUAGACCUGAAAGAAAAUAAUCUUCGAACAGUAGAAGAAAUUAUUAGCUUUCAACACCUUGAGAACCUUUCUUGCCUGAAAUUGUGGCACAACAACAUCUCCUACAUCCCAGUGCAGAUUGGAAUCUUAGCAAACCUGGAACAGCUGUAUUUAAAUCACAACAACAUUAAAAAAGUGCCACCACAACUCUUUCUUUGCAAACAGCUACAUUAUUUGGACCUUAGUUAUAACAAGCUAACCUCUAUUCCCGAUGAGAUCCAGUAUUUAACAAACCUGCAAUACCUUGCUUUGACAAAGAACCAUAUUGAUGCUCUUCCAGAUGAAUUAUUUCAGUGCAGAAAGCUACAGCAUCUCCUUCUUGGAUUUAACUGUCUCAUGCAUUUGUCCCCUCUAAUUGGUGAACUCUCAAAUCUUGUUCAGUUGGAGCUAAAAGGAAACUACUUGGAAUCACUUCCUGCUGAGCUAGAGGAAUGUAACUCUCUGAAACGAAGUUGUCUAAUUGUGGAAGAACAUUUAUUAAAAACACUUCCCCUUCGAGUGACAGAGCACAUGCAACUGUGCUUGGACAAAGUCUGAGUUUGAGAGGCCCUGUGCAUACAGGCAGAAUCCUUUUGAGUGGUUCUUGUCAUAGUUCUAAAAAAAGGUUAGGUGGAAAGGAGGAUAACCAAGGUCUACAGCCAUGUGCAUUCUGCCCACAGAUGAGUAUGGACUCACUCUUCACUUAAGAAAUUCAGAUUUAAGUCUUAAAUAGAGAUUUGAUAAAUCCAUGCAUGCAUCUCAUGAAAAAUUUGAAGUCUAAGUUAAUGAGCAGAAAGGUAAGUGGAUAGUGUGUUAAUAUAUUCAGUGGCUGCAAAAGAAGAUAUUUAGACUAGUAAGGGUUAUUUCUCCAUGACGUUGUUCUUGAACAGUAGUUCUUAAAUACUUUUGUAAAGAGCAACAAAUAGAGCUUUUUAUGUGUGUUCACUAUUGAACACACAUGUAUUCACAUUGCUGUAGAAGGCUGUUAGUGAAAAGUAUCACAUGUAAAGCACCACUUUUUAUUGCAGUGGAAAAUGAUUUCAGAGUUAAGUAUUCACUUCUGUUUAUAAGUAGCACGGAAGAAUUAAGUAUUUUUUUUCUACAUAAACAAAAUUGAAAUUCCACCAUGAAGCUCCUGAACUGGGUUAGAAUAUCCCACGACUAUGCCAUCUGGACUCCAUUUAUUUUAUAAUGUUUUGAAUUAAUAAUGAAAUUAACUGCAUAUACAAAGUAGAAUACAACUGGGUUGAUUUAAAGGAGAAAUUAAGCCUUGGAAGAACUAUGCAAAUUGUUAAAUUCAGCAUAAUGGAUGUUGCCAAUUAUGUGUUCUGCUUAUUAUGUAUGCAUAUGCUUGCCUAUACAAAUACAGCUUUCUAGUGCUUGCCUCUAAGCUUGAGGCAGUAGUAGAACUUUAUUAUUUGGGAUAGGUAUUUUUCAAUACCUGGGUGUGUCCCUACAUGCUGAAUUUUCCCGCCUCUCCCCAGUUGGAGUACUGAUGUAUUGCUGGUAGAAGAUUUCAAAGAUGUACAUUAGGUCAUAAGCAACUCAGGGGAAAUGGCAAUUGAGACAAUUGCAGACUGAUCUGGUUCACAGCUUCAUGCCAAGUGAUGGGUCAUUAACUCACAGUUUGUGGACAUGCAGGGAAUACGCAAGCUAUUUCUGGUUUCAGUAAACAAGUUAUGAAUACCCUGUUCAUGGGUGUUAGCAUGGUGUACAAGCUCAAACAUUCUGGUUUUUUAAUGGUUUAGCCAAGCCAGAGUUAAUCUAUUAUAUGUUACUGGGUUAAUGCUGGGUUGUUUAACCAAUAUACAACCUGGACAGUCCAGGUUCAGAUAUACUAACAAUCUUUUUGGACAGGGCAUUUGUAGGUUGUUUGCUAAAACCAGAGAUGGCUCUCCCACUCGAUUCCCUGUAAAUUGUAGGUUAAUUAACCCACAAUUUACCACCAUGACAUGUGGACAGGCUCACUGAGUACAGAUAUUUUUACAAAAAGUAGAAAGUUUAACAUUAUGAGCUGGAGUGGAAUAACACUUUAUACUUGCUCUUUAUUCAUUAGUGGACAUCUUUUAAACAUUGUGCUAAGUUGAAGACUGUUCGUAUUCCAAUGUACUUAGUCACUAAAGCCGAUGAAAUAUCAUGUGGAAAUACAGGAUUUGAUCCUGAAGUUCUAGGCACAGCCAGUGAAGAAGAUUCUACUUGCAGGGUGUUCUGUCAGUGGAAGGGUGGGAAGACAAUUUCUGAGGAUUUCCCUUUUCUUCUGCAGACCUUAAAAUGUGGUCUAGAUAUUGGCAGACCCCCUGGAAGAGAAGCUCCAGAGGGGAAGGAAAAUUGGUGAAAAUAUCUUCCCAUCUCCCAUCCCCUAGCAGAAGCCUUUGCUGGAAUGGGGUCUUUUGGCACAUAAAAGUUCUUCCAUUCAUGGAAGAAAUUUCAGGAUCCAACCUGUAGUAUGUAUUUGUUUUGUAUCUGCUGCAGUGCUGGUCUGAGAUGUCACUUUGCUGUGCUCUUUGCCUCCUGAAAUUCAAGUAUAGUAACUUGCUAGCAUGCAUGCAGAGAAAAUGUACCUUAUAUUUCCCUGUGAUGUAUUCAGGUGUUACACUAACUUCAUUUUAUGUCUAUUUUGUGAGACUGGAUUGAGUGACAUACUAGAAAGGUGUGCUUUUUGUGAUAAUUUUAUAUUGAUAUUUUUACUCUAUUUCUUUAAAAAAUAGCUCAAUUAUCUCAAUGCCAUAAAACUAAGUUGCUUGGGAGAGAGAAAAUCUCACCAUGUUAACAUUUGUCCGUCACAAUAAUUACAUUCCAAAGACCUUUUUAAAUAUCUCUCAGGGAAAAGAAACUAUUAUGUUUUCAGGUGCAGGUCUAAUUUUCCAGGUUUGUUUUUCAAAUGUAUGAUGUAUUAUGUGGGGGUAUCGUUCACAUCUGCACAUCAAGCAUAUAAUGGAUUGAAUUUGUUUGGUUUCUGAUGGUUCAAAUCAAGCUGCAUUAUACCAUAACAGUGUGCUUUAGUGUACAGGACUACAUUGGGAGAGAACAGUCUGCAUAUUUCAGAACACAAUGCAGAUAAGCACACUGAAAGAACCCUAAUGGUCUUUUCAUCAUGGGAAAGCUGCAGACCUGAAACAACAUGUAAAUCAUGAGUGUGGUUUCUCUUGCAGUGUCUUUGCUAUGAAAAGAUCUCUAUUGGGAUCAGCUUUUUGGCCUCCACAAUACCAUCAGCUGCAGCAUCCUCAGUUUUGCCUUUUUUAACCUUCAACUUAGCUCAGCUUGUGCCUGUAAGCAGUCAUCUCUCACAUGGGUGGCACUAACCGUAGUGUACUUGGCACUGGACAAGAAGAAUUUGGACAGAAUUGUAUUAAGGUUUAUAACACAGAGACAUGCCACACAUCAAGACCUCAGGAAUUUUAAUCUGCCCUGUGCUUCAGAAGUUGAUGCGCACACAAAUUAAAAAGCAAGUAUUUUCUUGUUUUUAAAGGUAGGUCUUCAAAUGGAUCAACAAAACAAAAUUGAAUACUCUAGAGGAUAUGAUGAAUUGGUAUGCCCUUUUUUCAAAUUUUAACUGUAUUAUAGUGUUAUGAUCAACUUUUAAAGUUGUGUAUUAGCUAUGUAGGAUGGCUUUGAUUUCUUGAAUAUUCCAUCCAGAUCUUUAUCCUGUUUUUGAAAUGCACCCACCCCAAAAAAGUGUUGCAUUCCUAAAUGAUCUAUGGGAAUAGGAAAGCCCUUUAAGAGGGACAGGAAUAAACUUUACUCAUAAAAAUCAUUUCUUUUAAUAGUCUGUCCAUCAAGUCUAUAGCUAUGAUAUACAGGUAUGAGCACAUAAUUUGCUUGUUUAUGGGCUAACUCUGAAUCAGAUAACUUUCAGCAUAAGAAUUUUUCCUUUUAAAACAAUAUGUCCAUCAAAUUAACAUUUUAAUCUAAAUUUGUUGCAAGACCUUUGCAAAAGUCAAAAGGAAUAAAGGCUGGCAUUUCUGGCCUUAAUGCAUGCCAUAGCGUGCCUUUUUGAUUCCUUUCUGUACCUUGACCUCAUCCUUCAGAAGGCAGAGCUGAACUGUAAAUAUUUUUUGAAAACCAUUGUUCCAUUUACCAUAUUCACAUUUAAUAUUUUGCAUUGGAAUGAGGAGAAUUUCAGCAUCACUUGCAAAAUGAACCUUCAUUAUUCUAGGACAAAUUAUGGCAAACAUGAAACAAUAUUUGUAUAUAGCACUUAAUUUUAUACACACUGUCUUUUCAGUUUGAGUACUGUAAUGCCACAAGGUUUGGGCGAGGGAUGUUUUAAAUAUGGUCUUGCAUAUAUUUGUAACCUCUGUUUAAAAGAUUUGAAUAAAAUUGCCUGUCAGUGCCCAGC